AUGUCUACGUAUAUUCAAGUGAACAUUUACAAUCAAACUUUGGAAGUUUUGAAGAUGAGAGGAUUGGAUUUACAAUCAAUUCUGAAGACCAUAGGAUGUCCGGAUACAUGGAUCACGGAAGUUCCGAUAAUUACUUCUCCUCAGGUUGCUCCGAAACCAUCGACACCUCCACCUGUUCCAAAAGUUUCGAUUGCACCACCAACUAUGAGUCACUCGUUUCCCACGGAUCCCAUGCAUCAGCUGAGAAGACCAUUCAAAAGUAUUUCUGCUGAAAUUGGGCGUGUCGAACCCUUGAUUCUGAAUGAUGCUCUUAGAACAUCGCCCAUGCCAGGACCAUCUCAACCGAGGAAAAGAACAGCGUCGGGCAUAAGAGGAUUGUUUGACGACUGGGACCCAACUGCCAAUCUUGAAGCUCCUGCCACUUCUUCUACUCCACCAGCGAAUGAAUCUAAAGAAAGUACUCUGAAAGUUCCAAAAGAAGAAAUAAUGAAUGAAACUGAAGAACUCAAUGAGACCACUGUACUAGAUGAGCAUGAAUUGGCAGCUGAAAGAGAAAGAAAUCUACUUGAUGAACUUUUCCAACAAGAUAGAAGCAAUAUGGUAGUUGAGAAGUCAAAGAGUGCCGACGAUGUAGAAACUACGAAUAUGAACUAUGUGAUCUCUUGCAACUAUCCGAAUUGUGGUCUCAAGUACAAUUGGCGUGUGAAGUAUGGAAAACUCCGACUUUUCGACCAUGCGAUGACCCAUUCGAAUCGAAAAAUACCAUGCAAACUUUGCGGAUUCGAAUGCACAAAUAUCAGUAGAAUGAGAGCUCAUUACACGAAGGCUCAUCCAACUGAACGAAUGGAAGGAUACGGAAUGAAGUCGCUGGUCAGUGGAGCAGAUGGAGACUCAGAUACACAAGUAGGAGAGGAAGAACUGAAAGAGUUGUGGAAUACCUGUUACUCGGAUUCGAUUCAUUUGGUUGGUCAUGCCACUGGAUUUGUGGAUGGAGAAAAGUUCAGGAGGAUGACUAAAAGUAGAAAAAUGGAAAGAGAAGUCAGAAGUUCCAUAGCGGCCAUUUAUAAUCCUAAUAAUACCAAGGGUAAUAUCUGA